CACAAAGUCCCUGACUGACCGAGAUUGAAUUAUACUAAUGGAAACUUUAGUUUUUCCUCGGAGUAUGCUAUCUAAAGAGGGAGCACCACUUGAGAGUGAAUCCGGACCAACCCUCUAAUUAUGCUGGCUAAGGCCAUUCGCUGCACCCUGGUGAACUGCACGUGUGAGUGUUUCCAGCCAGGCAAGAUUCACCUGCGAACAUGUGACCAGUGUAAACAUGGCUGGGUGGCUCACGCUCUGGACAAGCUGAGCACCCAGCACCUAUAUCACCCGACCCAGGUUGAGAUUGUUCAGUCCAACGUGGUGUUCGACAUCAGCAGUCUGAUGCUGUAUGGGACCCAGGCCGUCCCUGUCAGGCUCAAAAUCCUUCUGGACCGCCUGUUCAGUGUGCUCAAACAAGAAGAGGUGCUGCACAUCCUGCACGGCCUGGGCUGGACCCUCCGAGACUACGUCAGGGGCUACAUACUGCAGGAUGCUGCAGGCAAGGUGCUGGACCGCUGGACCAUCAUGUCUCGAGAAGAGGAGAUCAUCACCCUGCAGCAGUUCCUGCGCUUCGGUGAGACCAAAUCCAUAGUGGAGCUAAUGGCCAUUCAGGAGAAAGAAGGUCAGGCGGUUACAGUUCCUUCUUCCAAGACAGACUCCGGGAUAAGGACAUUCAUUGAGAGUAACAAUCGGACCCGCAGCCCAGGGCUUCUGACACAUCUGGAAAACAGUAGCCCCUCUAGCAUCCACCACUUUGAGAACAUCCCAAACAGCUUAGCCUUCCUGCUGCCCUUCCAGUAUAUCAACCCUGUCUCUGCCCCCAUGCUGGGCCUGCCUCCCAAUGGCCUCUCUAUGGAGCAGUCUGCCCUCCGGCUUCGUGAACCCAGCCUGCCCAACCAAAGUGAGCAGGUGGAGACCAGUGAGUCUGAAGUGUCUCUGUCUCCGUUCCGUACCGGCCAGAGCCCCAGUCGUGGAGUCUUGGGAGCCAUGAACAACAAUAUUGAACCCAAGACAGAGCCCAACAACCGUGCAUCACCAAUUUCACCAACCCCUUCCACUCACCAGGCUCAGCAACAGCAGCAACAGCAGACACAGCUCCAGCAGCAGCAGCAACAGCAGCAGCAACAGCAGCAAGGCCAGCAGCCGCCUCAGAAUCAACCACAGCAGCCCAGCCAUCUGAAUGACCAUCAGGUUCACCAUCAUUUUGUGAAAAAUGAGCAAUCCAAGACCAUCACCCACUCCUCCUUUUCCUCCAAGAUGCAUCGCAUGCGCCGCAUGGGUGCUACCUCACGUAAGGGCCGUGUGUGUUGCAACUCUUGCGGCAAGACCUUUUAUGACAAAGGUACUCUGAAGAUCCACUACAAUGCUGUGCACCUGAAGAUUAAACACCGAUGCACCAUUGAGGGCUGCAACAUGGUCUUCAGCUCCCUGCGCAGCCGGAACCGCCACAGUGCCAACCCCAAUCCACGUCUGCACAUGCCUAUGUUACGCAACAACCGAGACAAAGACCUCAUUCGUGCAAAUUCAACCACCGGUACACCUGUCAUCUCCAGCACUAAGAGUUGUGGCUUUGCCCUCACCAGCCCUGGAAGGCCACCUCUAGGCUUCACCACCCCACCCCUGGAUCCUAUGCUUCAGUCACCUCUGCAGAGCCCACUAGUAUUCCCUUCCUUGAAGUCAGUGCAGCCAGUACAGCCAGUGCCCCCAUUCUACCGUACACUACUAUCCCCUGCAGAUCUAGUCAGUCCUCCUGUAUCACUGCCUACCAGCCCUAUCCUGCCCACCACCACCAACAGCACUUCUUUGAUGGACCAGCAGCAGCAGAUCCUGGCUGCUGCAGCUGCAGCCUCCCACAAUAACAAUAAUCCUCAUAUGUCAGAGGCUGGGCACAUGUCUCAUCGACUGCCCACCCCUAGUGCAAAUCAGGACCUCAUCACUGGCACCAGUGACCCCACGCCCAAGAAGAAGCCUCGCAAAUCCAGCAUGCCAGUGAAGAUUGAAAAGGAGGUGAUUGAUGUGGCAGAUGAGUAUGAGGACAAAGAUGAGGACGACGAUGACAUCCAUCAUCACCACCACCACCACCACCACCACCACCACCCAGCAUCCCUCCUUCACAACAAUGUCAAAAUAAACGGAAAUUGUAACAGCAACAACAACAACAGCAGUGGUAGUGGGAACCACAGUGGUGGUAGUGGACACCAAUCACCCUCACAGGAUGAGAUGAGCCCCAGCCUGGCCCUGAGAGGCAUGAUGAGGCACAGCGAAGAUGAGUGCCGAGAAGGGACUGGCAGUGAAAGCAGGAGCGGUAAUGAUCUUCGAGGUUCCAAUGAGCUCCGCUGCAUGGACAGCUUCACCUCUGAGGAUCAGGAUCAUGAAAGAGACUUUGAGAAUGAGUCUGAAACCUCUGACUCCAAGAUGUUCUACCGUGAUGAGAUGAUGGAGGUAGAAGAUCAGCAGAAACAUGGCAGGAGUGGAAGUGGUCUAGGCAAGGAGCAAGAGGAGGAGACCAGUGAUGAAGCCCACUUGAAGAAAGAGAUGGAGGAUAAGAAUAACUCUUCACCCUCGUCUCACCAGCUCCCCAUCAAAAUCAAGGAGGAACUCAAUGACCCUACCUAUGACAUGUUCUGCAUGAGCCAGUAUGGCCUCUACAAUGGAGGCAUGGCAGCAGCAGCUGCUGCCGCAGCAAGCAUGGCUGCUCUGCAUGAAAGCUUCAUCUCUUCAAUGGGCUAUGGCGCCAGCCCUCCUAAGUUCCCGUCCUCACAAUCACCAGAGGGAGAUUUGUGCUCAAGUCCUGACCCCAAGAUCUGCUAUGUGUGUAAGAAGAGCUUCAAGAGCUCCUACAGCGUCAAACUGCACUACAAGAAUGUGCACCUCAAAGAGAUGCAUGUGUGCACCGUGGCAGGCUGCAAUGCUGCUUUCCCUUCCCGACGGAGCCGAGACAGGCACAGUUCCAACAUCAACCUGCACCGUAAACUGCUGACCAAAGAGCUGGACGACAUCGUCCUGGACCCCCAUCUCACGCCGCUGCCCAAGGACCUGCGAGCUGAGUUCCUGACCAAGAUCUAUGCUGGGCACCACUUAAGCAUGGACGCUAUGAGUGGUGUUGGCAUUGGCGGCCCAAGCCUAAGGAACAUUGGGCUUAACUGCGAUUCCAGCUCCCCUGCAAGUAUUGAGUCUCCCCAACACCUGCUUAAUCACCAAAACCUCAUAAACCAACAUACCAAUGGCUUUUACAGGAGCCAGCCAGAUGAUUACAUGGUGUUGGACCUCAGCACAACAUCCAGUGUUCAAUCCAGCGGCAGUAUCCACUCCUCACAUGAGUCGGAUGAGGGCAGCGAUGAGGGCAUCCUACUGGAUGACCUAGAGGAGGAAGGAGGAGAGGAUGAGGAGGGCAACAGUGAAGGGGAGGACUAUUCCCAGAAUGCCAGGGGGCAGGCUGAAGGGGGGCAUCGGGAUGUGACUGGAGAGCUAAAAAAAGGAGAGGGGCGAGAUGAGGAAAUGGAACCUUCCUCCUCACCAAUUCUCCUCUCGUCCACUGGGGGCAGUAAUGGCGGUGGCAGUGGGAUCCUCUGUAAUAUCUGCCACAAAAUGUACAGCAACAAAGGGACCCUGCGUGUGCACUACAAGACUGUGCACUUGCGCGAGAUGCACAAGUGCAAAAUCCCGGGCUGCAACAUGGUGUUCAGCUCCGUGCGCAGUCGUAACCGGCACUCUCAGAACCCCAAUCUCCAUAAAAAUAUGCCCUUCUCCACUAUAAUAGACUAACAAAUUACCUGUUUCUCUACCCUCCUGUCAGUCUGCCCACUCCUCCUUUCCUUCUCACCCUUAACCUCCUCCUCAACUCUGUCAUUCAUCCCACUUCUGGGCCCUCAUACAAAAGGUAAAUAAAUGCCUGUAUGGCUCCCACCCAUCCUCUGUAAGUCACACUCCCACAUUUGUGUCCCUUUGAUCAACUUCAUUGACGAUAAAACACAAGUAAUCAUUGUGACCUUUGACAUUUCCUUCUUUGGAAGAAUAGGAUGAGACACUUAAGCGUGGAGUUUGCGCUAUUCGAGAACAACUCCAACCAUUUCAACAUAAGCCCCGCCCCCUUUUCUUUUAAAGCGCUCCCCACUUUGUUUUAAGUCGGUCUCCAAAGAAUCUAUUCAAACUCUUAUUUGUGACUUUGCCUGCAGAAACGAUAGUAUUAAAAAAGAAAGUCUUCUCGUUGUAUUUGUGUAAUGAUAGCUUUUAAAGGAACCCCUUUCAACAGCAUGAAAGCUUUGUUUGUAAAUAAUGUCUUAAGAGGAUUUUGGUGUAAAACAGUUGUAUUGAUGGUUGUUUGCUUCUUUUUUUCCUCUCUCUUAAUGGUUUUUAUGUUACAGUACAGUACAAUACUUCCAGCUAUAGGCAAGAAAGAGGUAGCAACUUACUAGCUUGACUCAUUUAUGUUCGCUUCAAAGACACGUUUUAAACUGAGAACUCUGAAAAAAAAGGAAUAUCAUGUGACUUGUUUUAUCUACUUAUUAGAUAUUCAGAGGUUGCCGGCAUGCUUUUUUAGGCUUCUACACUGAUAUCAUCCUCUGUUCUUCUAUUGAUUUGUUUUGGUUCUGUCUUUCAUGUUUAUUAGCUUUAGUAUACCAAUUCAGUUUUUUGCACUUUGCAUCUAUACAAGGGGAUGUGUAAUAUUAUUAUAAUGAGGACUUUUGCAAUGGUGAGUUUUGGUGUUGUUUGGGGUCAUUGAUGGCUACAGUGCCAAGGGAAAUGACACUACCUUCAGCAUCAUUGUGCCAGUUUAUUUUUUGCACAUGCUAAAUUCAAAACGCUAUCUCACAAUGAAAAAAAAGGCUCCCCUGAAUGAAACCCAACAUCUUAACCCACAGAUCAAAGUCUUUUUUUUGUUUUUGUUUUUUUUUGGGUCAAAUCAGAUCUGAUGUGCAACCAAACAUGAACUGCUGUUUUACGCAGAUGAUAUAAGUAUUGAAGAUUGUCUCUCCCCGCCCCCCCCUCUUUUGUUUAAGGAAUAAUUUGUGCAAAGACAGUAUGAUUUGCCAGUUAUUACAAUAAUGAGUUUGGAGGUUUGGUAGAGUACUCUCUACUGCAUGUACGUUUUGGUGACGUGGUCACAGGACAUUAUCAUUGCUAGAGCUGGUGCCUGUUCACCAAUAAGAGUCAGAAAUGAGUUUCCUAAUGAAACACCACUGUCAUGAAAAAAUUAAAAAAGAAACUGAGAAAAGAGAGAGAAAAUAGUCCUUCAACUGUGACCAAAACAAAAAAGUGUUUGCUUAAUUAAAACUUUUUUUUUAAGUUUAACAUUUUACUUACUGUAAUAAUACCCCAUUGAAGUGAUACGAUGCACUUGAGUCUUAAAUCUUUUUGCUGUGAUAUUUGAGGUAUGGGUUUUCAUUGCUUAGUGUCAACUACAAACGUGCUCUGUGAAAGAUAAUACUGUUUUCCUGGCUGUCGGUUGGAGCCGUUUUAAAUUGUCCAGGACUAUCACGGUACAAGUAUUUCCAAGAACUGGGCAAAGUAGCCAGGGGUAAGGGGUAUUUAUUGGUGGGUGAUGUAAUCUUCAUACAGAUGUUGUUGUCCAGUGCGACAAAACCUUUUGUAAAAAAAAAAAAAAAAAAGAAAAGAAAAAGAAAGAAAAUAGAGCUUGUUCCUCAUUUUGACUUGUUUAUCAAUGUGUUAGCAAUGUCCUGUGUUACUUUACAAGGAAAGCUCCUCUUUCAUGGCUGGUGCUUCUGACGGAGGAAAACGUAUGCAGUGUUAUGUAAUAUGCUGUACAGUAUUCAAAAGCGCUUACAUCAAUUGACAGUGUUGAAUUCCAUUUGUCUUAUUACUUCAACCCAUUUGGCUGUAUGGACAUGGCUUACGCCGGUGCAACUCUGAGACUUUCUCAUCCAUCUUUUUUAAGACUCCACCUACACGACACAUACAGUUUUCAAACCCCUCGUUUCAUGAGAUCGAGAAAGUGUGUGUGUGAGAGAGUGAGAGAGAGAGGGAGAGAGAGAGAGAGGGGGCGCUGAGGCUGAUGGAAAGGUUGUGGAGGUGGAAGGCUGACUAGGGAGGAAAGGAUGACAGCAAGGAUCAUUAAAAAUGUGCUGCUUCUCCGUUACCUGGAGGCGUCCCUGCCAUUCCAG